AUGUGUAUGUAUGAAUUCAUUUCAUGCAGGGAUCCACAAGUACGACCUCGAACUCAGGACGAGAUGAGUGCUGAAGCGUCGUUAUAUAGAGAGGCGAUGAAAAACAUCUGA